AUGUGCAAAGUCAUCAUGAUCAAACAGGAAGCUGGUGGUAGUGAAAAGGAACAAGUUAAAUGGUCAGAAAUAAUGGAUUAUGCGUACAUCCAAGCGAUGAUUAAACAACAAGAGACACACAAUAGGGUCAAUGGUAGUUUCACACCAACUGCAUAUGCUCAAAUGGGGAAUUUCAAUGACGGGUUCUCUUGGAAUUCGUCUACUCAACUAAUAGAAGCGGAGGAAGAAGUAUGGGAUAAUUUAAUAAAAUCAAAACCUGAGGCUGUGUCGUUAAGGACAAAAAAGAUUGCAUACUUCGAUGAAAUGUUGGUAUUAUUUGCAAAGGAUAGGGCAUCUGGUGCACAUGCUGAGACAGCGAAAGAAAAAAAUGCCCGAUUAAAUAAAAAUGAAAAUAUUCAAGUUGAAACAAUUAAAGAAGUUGAUGACACGUUAGCUAACAAUGAAAUUCAUUUGGAGAACGAAUAUGUUGAUCUUGAUGAUAACAUUCAGGAUGUUAUUCCACCUCCUUUUUCACAAGAACAGUCUUCAUGUGCAAAGAAGUGUAAGAGUAAAAAGAGGAAAUUUGAAGACGACGAAGAAGAAGAAGAUAUUAACUCAAAGAUAAUGAAAUCGGUUGAUAAUGUGGUUGGUGCUAUCAGAGAGGGUAAUAUAAUUUUUGAUAGAGCUUAUCCUCGGGAAUAUACAGGGGAAGAAAUUUAUAGAGAAUUGGAGUUGGUGGGUUUGGAACCCCAUGAAUUACCGAGGGCUCUAAAUAUUUUGGCAACAAAUCAAGCAAAAGCUAGGAUAUUGUUCAGUUGUCCCCUUCAGAUACGGAUGUGUGUCCUCAAAGAUAUGAUGGGUGCACAUGAUUAA